AUGGCCGACGUAAACCUCAAAGAAGUCCACGACUUCAUGAUCACCAUCGCCAAACAAGCCGGCUCGCGCAUCACCUCCGCAACACCCACAACACAAGGCUCAGGCUCAAAGAAGAACUCUGUCGACCUAGUAACCGAAACCGACCGCGCAGUCGAAGCCCUCAUCUCCACCUCCCUCUCCACGAAAUACCCAGAUUACGCCUUCAUGGGCGAAGAAACCUACAAGCCAGGCGACACCCUCUCCGCCGACCCCACCUUCAUAUGCGACCCCAUUGACGGUACCACAAACUUCGUCCACCGCUACCCCUACGUCAGCAUCUCUUUGGGGCUCGCCAUAAACCGGGAGCCGGUGGUGGGAAUCGUUUACAACCCGUUUACACAAACGCUGUACUCAGCGAUCAAGGGACAGGGUGCAUACUUGAAUGAGACGACGAGACUGCCGCUGAGCGAGCCGACGAGGUUGGAUGGCUUGAGCAGUUGUCUUGUUGCGGUGGAGUGGGGCAGUGAUAGGAGUGGGAAUGAUUUCAAGGUCAAGAGCGAAACUUUUAAGAAGCUCGCUGCUACAAAAGAGAAUGGCGGGGGUAUGGUGCAUGGACUGCGGUCGUUUGGUUCUGCGGCGCUCAAUCUGUGUGGUGUGGCGAGUGGUGGGUUGGAUGUUUAUUGGGAGGCCGGAUGUUGGGCGUGGGAUGUUUGUGCCGGGUGGGUUAUCUUGAAAGAGGCGGGCGGCAUUAUGGUGGAUGCGAAUCCGGGUAAUUGGGACCCGAAGGUGGAGGGGCAGAGGUACAUGGCGGUUAGAGGAGGAGAGGGGCAGAAGGAGAUUGUUGAGGAAUUUUGGGGGUUGGUCGAGGGGGCUUUUGAGGUUGGUACGUAG